AUCACACCCUUUGGCGUCGCUGUGGGUUUCUCUGGACUCUGUUGCAAGGAGCCAAAUCUCGCACAAAAGCGCGAGGUUUAGAAAUCGCGUUCCUCUUUCAACUAGCCUCCAAGAUGCCCACCAAAGCGACCAAGACCCGGAAGCUCCGUGGACAUGUCAGCCACGGACAUGGUCGUAUCGGAAAACAUAGGAAGCAUCCUGGAGGUCGUGGUAAUGCUGGUGGUAUGCAUCACCACAGGAUCAACUUCGACAAAUACCAUCCUGGGUACUUCGGUAAGGUCGGUAUGAGACAUUACCAUCUGAAGAGAAACACCACCCACUGCCCCACCAUCAACUUGGACAAGCUGUGGACUCUGGUGAGCGAGCAGACCAGGAUCAACUACGGCAAGAAGCCCGACGGACCCGCUCCCAUCAUCGAUGCUGUGCGCGCUGGCUACUACAAAGUCCUGGGUAAGGGCAAGCUGCCCAAACAGCCCGUGAUCGUGAAGGCAAAGUUCUUCAGCCGACGGGCCGAGGAGAAGAUCAAGGCAGCUGGAGGAGCCUGUGUGCUGAUGGCAUAAUGUUCCUGUCAGUGUGUUUUUGGAAAAAUAAACUGUAUAAAAAGAA